GGCCAGCAGCCAGCAACCAGCUCCCUGCUUCCUGCUCCUUGCAGCCUCCCCGCCAACGCUCUCGCGAGUCUUAGAAUAAAGUUGUGGUCAUGGCAGGAAGUUCUCGUGAGAGGUAACUGGUUGCUAUAGUUGCAGAAAGCAAAACUGCGGUUGCCGCUGGUAGAAACUAGAGAGACCAGAGGGACUUUGCCUAACUACUGAUAUGGACCAGGUGCCAUCAACGGGCAGACUUGUGCAGAUCACUGUGACAGAUGGAUAUGAUUUGAAAGGGUUUAAAGGAGAAACUCCAGUUACCUUUAUUCGUGCAGAAUUCAAUCACGUGGUUCUGGGAGACUCUGCAAAAAUUACUGUUUCUCCAGAAGGAACUGCAAAAUACAACUUCACAUGCAGUUUUGAGUUCAAUCCUGAAGGAGGAAUCACUUUAUAUGACCUCGCCCACAAACCUGUGUUCUUAACCAUGAGUGAAGUUUUACCAAAGGAAAAGAAACAGAAAGAUGAGAAGACCUUAAUUCUCGGUCAGGCUGUUGUGGACCUUCUUCCUUUACUAGAAGGGGAGAGUUCAUUUGAAACGAUGGUUCCAUUACACCCUGUGCAGGGCUCAACCUUAGAAACUCCUCGAGCUGGCGCUAAGCAGUGCAGUCUUGAAGUUAAAGUAUUUGUGGCAGAGCCCUUGCUGACUACAGCUCAGAUCUUAGGGAGCAAUCUACUGAAGGUCACGUUGGAGGCUGCCUAUUCUGUGCCUGAAUCCUUCAUUCCCAUAGGACCUCUGCAGAACUACAUGGUUGGUCUGCAAGUUCCAUCACAUGGAGAGAAGGACUAUCCCAUUUUAUUCAAGAAUGGAAUUCUGAAGCUUGGAGGGGAAAGAGAACCUGUUCCCCGACCCAAAAAAUGGCCUAUUGCCAACAUCCUGGCUCCAGGAGCUAAUAAUAUUCCUGAUGCAUUCAUUGUUGGUGGUCCUUAUGAGGAAGAAGAAGGAGAACUCAACCACCCUGAGGACCGGGAAUUUAGGAACCAAGCAGAAUGCAUAAAGAAAAGGAUUAUUUGGGACUUGGAAAGUCGCUGCUACCUUGAUCCUCCUGCAGUGGUCAGUUUUCAGAAGCGAAUUGCUGAUUGCCGUCUUUGGCCUGUAGAGAUUACAAGAGUUCCUCUUGUUACUGCACCCAAAGGGAAAGCUGGCAAAUUUGAUAAGGCUGAAGAUGAAAGUCAGCUUUCAUUCCAUGGCGUGGCUUAUGUUAAUAUGGUCCCAUUGCUGUAUCCAGGUGUGAAGAGGAUUCGGGGAGCUUUUCAUGUUUAUCCUUACCUAGACAGUACAGUCUAUGAGAAGACCAAGUGUUUAUUCAGCUUGUUCCGGGAUACUGGCCAUCAUUUAAUUCAUAAUAAUAAAAUAGGAGGAAUUAAUUCUCCACUGUCCAAAUCAGGUGUUUCUAAGAACCUUAAAGAAGAUAAAACAGUGAGAGAAAAGGAUAUUGAUGGAAGGCUUAAGCCUGGGGAUGUGGCUCCUAGUAUAAAAUCUCAGAGUUCAGACACUCCCUUGGAUGGUGAACCUCCUCUAACACACAAUCCAGAAGGACAGCAAUACGUAGAAGCAGGGACAUAUAUUGUGUUGGAGAUUCAGCUGGAUAAAGCCUUGGUUCCAAAGCGAAUGCCAGACGAGCUGGCCAAAAGGGUUAAGGAAAUGAUUCCUCCAAGGCCUCCCCUUACCCGUCGGACAGGAGGAGCUCAGAAGGCUGUGAGUGACUACCACAUGCAGAUCAAGAACAUUUCUAGAGCCAUUCUAGAUGAGUACCACAGAAUGUUUGGAAAGCAAAUGGCCAAACUGGGGAGUGAGGUGGAUAGUGAAACCCUCGAGGAGCAGAAGUGCCAGCUCAGCUAUGAACUGAACUGCUCUGGAAAAUACUUUGCUUUCAAAGAACAACUCAAGCAUGCUGUGGUAAAGAUUGUGAGAGAGAAAUAUUUAAAGACGACAUCAUUUGAAAGCCAAGAAGAACUGCAGACAUUUAUCAGUGAGCUCUAUGUGUUCUUGGUAGACCAGAUGCACAUGGCCCUAAACCAGACCAUGCCAGAUGAUGUCCAAAGCACUGUUUCAACCAUUUAUACAAGCAAUGAUCAGCUUCGACUCUUUGCGUAUGAAGCCGAAGUCAAUGAGAACUUUGAGAUGGCAGCAGUAUAUUAUAAAGAGAGGUUAGUCCGUGAGCCCCAGAAUCUGGAUCACUGGCUGGACUACGGUGCCUUCUGCCUCCUAAUUGAAGACAACAUCAAAGCACAAGAGUGUUUUCGGAAAGCCCUUGCCCUCAACCAGAGUCACAUCCAGAGCUUGUUGCUGUGCGGCGUCCUGGCUGUCCUGAUGGAGAACUAUGAGCAAGCAGAAAUUUUCUUUGAGGAUGCCACUUGCUUGGAACCAACCCAUGUUGUCGCCUGGACUUUACUUGGUUUGUACUAUGAAAUUCAAAACAAUGAUAUUCGAAUGGAAAUGGCAUUUCACGAGGCUUUCAAACAGCUUCAGGCACGAGUAACCAAGCAAAAGAGCACUGGCACUGUCGUGUACGUUGAAGAAGAAAGGAACAUAGAAGCCAGUUUAGGCCCUUGGGGAACCACAAAUAAUUUUUCUGCGACUGCAAUUAAGACAGGAGCCCCAGCAGGACCACAAGCUACAAUAUCCAUUCUAGAUGGGUUUCUUGAAGAAUCUUCCAAAAUAUAUCCUGAACCACAAGAGCCUUUCUUGACUGUACAAUCUCAGGAUCCAAAUAUGGGUCAAAAACCAUCCAAUAUAUUUUUCAAGGAGACCCCAGCGAAAAAAGAAGCGCCAAAAUGUCAGGAUUCAUCAGCUUUCCUGCCUCCUGUGUCUUAUGGUAUUGUGCAGCCUUCUACCACCAUCUUCAUGGAAACCAUACGCUUCCUGAUGAAAGUCAAUGCUGUGCAGUUUGUGCACAGAGUGCUUGCACAUGAGCUGUUAUGCCCUCAAGGAGGCCCCAGCUGUGAGUAUUACUUGGUGCUGGCCCAGACACACCUUCUCAAAAAGGACUUUGCCAAGGCAGAGGAAUAUCUUCAACAAGCAGCCCAGAUGGACUACCUAAACCCUAAUGUCUGGGGCGUGAAGGGCCAUCUCUAUUUUCUGAGUGGAAAUCAUGCUGAGGCCAAGGCAUGCUAUGAGCGAACUGUUAGUUUUGUGGUGGAUGCUUCUGAGAUGCACUUCAUCUACCUGCGACUGGGGCUCAUCUAUCUGGAGGAAAAUGAGUACGAAAAGGCAAAGAAAACCUAUCUGCAGGCCUGUAAGAGAUCACCUUCGUGCCUUACUUGGUUAGGACUGGGAAUCGCCUGUUAUCGGCUGGAGGAGCUCACAGAGGCUGAAGAUGCUCUCUCUGAAGCCAAUGCACUGAACAACUACAAUGCUGAAGUAUGGGCAUACCUGGCUCUGGUUUGCUUGAAAGCUGGACGGCAACUGGAAGCUGAGCAGGCCUACAAAUACACGAUAAAGCUGAAAUUGAAAGAUGAAGCUCUACUAGCAGAGAUCCACACAGUACAGGAGACAGUUGGCUUUGGAAAUCCAUCUUUCUGACAUGCUUCCAUCCGAAGAAUUUCCUGUAUGGGACUCUUUGCUUCUUCCCUUCUCAGAGGAAGUUUUACCAUAGGAGCCCUAAAACUGGAGAACAAAAGAACCUUCUCCAUAAA